GUGGCUAGGGAGAGUUGCUGUGGAGAGGAGGAGGGGGAGAGAGGGGGGGUGGCGAUUGUCUCUCGUCGUCAACUAACAGUGACAAUGGCGAGGCGGACGGGCGCGUGAGAAUCCCAGGCCGGUGGAAAAUUUAGAUUUGGUGGAGCGAGCGGGGUCGGGCGGCGGCGCCCGAGUGUUGUUGUUGUUGCCACUCUUUGAGUUGAGGUUUAACAAUGAUUAGUCGGGAAAUGCGUUUGGACGGAAGGAGACGUCGCUUGCUUCAGGCGUCCUUCCAGCGCUCCAACAGCCACGACAAGGUGCGGCGCAUCGUCGCCGAGGAGGGGAGAACGGCGCGGAACCUCAUCGCAUGGAGCGUCCCGCUGGAGAGCCGCGACGAGGAGGGAAAACUGAAGCAUCUGUCUGCGCAGUCCCGCCGGGCGAAAAGCGCCAACAGCGCUCAUCAGCAGCUCGCGGGGAGCCCUUCGAAGCCCGGCAAACGGCAGCCCGACGGUGGGGAGCGCAAAGCUGGGCAGCUGCUGGGCGGCGGUGGCGGCGCCAGCGGCGCCGGGGGCGCCGGCGUCGGUGGGGGUGGCAUCUCCGAGAAGAUCCCGUGCAAACCGAGGCCUCCCAGCAAGGCGGACCUGCGCGCCCGCUACUGGGCGUACCUGUUCGACAAUCUGCGGCGAGCGGUGGACGAGAUCUACGUGACCUGCGAGACCGACCAGAGCGUCGUGGAGUGCAAGGAAGUACUCAUGAUGCUGGACAACUACGUGCGAGACUUCAAGUCCCUCAUCGACUGGCUGCACCUGCAAGAGAAGCUGGAGAAGACGGACGUCCUGGACAGGCCGACCUCGCUGGCGUGGGAGGUGCGGAAAAUGUCGCCGGGGCGGCACGUGGCGCCGAGCCCGCCGCCCGACCGCAUCACCUCCGUCACGGGCACCAAGCGCAAGCUCACCUUCCCGGCGGCGCCGGUGCACAACCCGCACUUUGCUGGUAGACUGAGCAUACUUAGCUCCGUGGGGUCGAGCUGGGCGGACAAAGUUCGAGCCAGUCAACCGGGCGCGGCGCAGGCGCCAAAACCCGGCACGGACGCUAAAGCAGGCGGGCCGGAGCGGACCCAGCAGCCGCAGGAGAGCGCAUCUGCGGCAGACGGCGACGGCUGGGAGAUGGUGCAGAGGGGCCGCCCUUCCAAGUCCCGCUCGGCCACGGCGCUUGCCAAGGCAGCUUCCGGAAACGCGUCCACAAACGGCGGCGCCGGUGGCGGCGCUGCGUCAGUGCCAACGACAAACUCGCCGCCGGCGGCCGGCGGACAGCCCGGCGGCGCCGCGGGCAAGGCCAACGCGUCGUCAUCGUCACGCAGAGACGUCGGCAACAAGGAGAACCGCGACGUGGCGCCGAGGAGCGCGAGGCCCAACGCCGGCUGUGUCGGCGGUGGCGGCGCCGGAGGAGCCAAGGCGACCGCGCAAGCGGACAUGAAGGCGCGGCGGGAGAGAGCAGCCAACGUAUGCGGUGUUGGCGGUGGUGGCGGCGGCGGCGGCGGUAGUGGCGGUGGUGUUGGUGGCGAGGAUGUGAAAGUGUCCAGAAUCAUUGCACCAGCACUAGAGAAUCAGGACAGUGAUGUGGGACCAGGGAUCAUCAGUGAAGAGAAAGAGGAGCGCGAUGACCCGCCCCGUCUCGGCGACCCGCCGGCCGCCAGCCAGACGUCGGUGCCAGCGGAGGUGCCGACCGACGAGCACGGAGGGUGCGGUGCCGAAGACGGUGGCGCUGGAGGAGGUGGAGAAGGAGGUGGAAGUGAAGAAGUUGGAGGAGCAGUGCCGGAGAGUGAAGAGGUGGCGCCCAGGGACGGACAAGUGGUGCUGACGUCCACUGAGCUGCAAAACAGCAUGGCGGCCGUGCUGGCGGAAGAGGAGGAGCUGGCGUGCCGGCUGGAGCGGGAGAACGAGGAGGCGAUCGCCAACGCCAUCGCCGAGGAGGAGCAGCUGACGCGCGAGAUCCUCGACGAGCAGGACCUGGACACGGCCGGCGAGACGGACACGGAGAGCGAGCUGUCGGCCAGCACGACCACCAUGUCAUCGCUAAGCCUUCCCCUUAACCUGGAGGGACCUCUGAGCAACAUGGAUUGGAAUGACAUCAUGGCAGAGUAUGAGGCCCGCGAGUCGUGGCGGCAGACGACGUCGUGGGGCGACAUGGUGGAGGACGAGCCGCCUCGGCCACCGGGCCACGCCAUCCAGAUGCACGAGAAGCUGUCGUCCCCGUCGCGCAAGCGGACGAUUGCCGAGUCGAAGCGAAAGCACGAGGAGAAGCAGCUGAAGGCACAGCAGAUCCGGGAGAAACUGCGGGAGGAAAACUCGCUCAAGCUGCAGAAGCUCAUGGAGAGGGUGAAGGAGGUGAGGAAGUGGAAAGAGGAGCUUCUGGAGCAGAAGCGGAGGAUCAUGGAGGAGAAGCUGCUUCGAGCCGAGUACCAGCGGGAGCUGCAGCUCCAGGCCAUCGUCAAGAAGGCGCAGGAGGAGGAGGCCAAGGUUAACGAGAUCGCCUUCAUCAACACGCUGGAGGCUCAGAACCGCCGGCACGACGCUCUCUGCAAGCUCAAGGAGUACGAAGUUCGGCUCAACGAGCUUCGCGACGAGCGGCACCGCCGGCAGGAGGAGAAGCAGGCGCGCGACGAGGCCGUGCAGGAGCGUAAGCGGGCGCUGGAAGCGGAUCGGCUGGCGCGCGUGGAGGAGCUGCUGCUCAAGCGGCGGGAGCAGCAAGCGCGCAUCGAGCAGCAGCGGCAGGAGAAGGAGCGGGCGCGCGAGGACGCGGCGAGGGAGAGAGCCAGGGAUCGCGAGGAGAGGCUGGCAGCUCUCAACGCUGCACAGCAGGAGGCCAUGGAGGAGCUGCAGAAGAAGAUCCAGCUGAAGCACGACGAGAGCGUGCGGCGCCACAUGGAGCAGAUGGAGCAGCGCAAGGAGAAGGCGGCGGAGCUGAGCAGUGGGCGGCACGCCGCGGUCGACGUCCCGCCCAAGCUGACGCCCUACGAGCGCAAGAAGCAGUGCACGCUGUGCAGCGUGUGGAUUUUGUCGGAGGUGUACCUGUACAGCCACAUCCGGGGUAAACGGCACGCUCAGGCCGUGCGCGAGCACAGCAGCAUCACGGGCCGCGAGCUCUCCGACGAGGAAGUGGAGCACCUGUCGCUGCGUAGGUACGUGGUGGAGGCAGCGUUGGACGCCCCCGACCCGGCCUGCCCGUCCGCCGAGAGGGUGCGCGACGAGGAGGAGAGGCUCAAGGCGAAGAAGAGAGCGAAGAAGUUGCGGGCGCGAAUGAACAGCCGGGCCAAGGAAUUCGAGGCCUCUCUGGAUGGAAAGGUUCAAGUGCCGGAGUCGGCCUACAAAGCCAAGCUCCAACGUCUGGUGAAGGACAUCAAUAAGCAGCUGCAGAGCCACGAGAGCGGCCCGUGGCCCAACAACAAGGUGCUGGCGCUCGACAGGGCCCUCGGCGAGCUCAUGCGCAUUAUGGAGAAGCAGAACCCCGCGGACCAGGUGGCGUUCCAGCUGAGCGGCGGGUUCGAGAGCCUCGGCCAAAUCCUGCAAGUGAUCGCGUCGGCCAGCUCGCCCAACACCAUCACGCGCAUCCCCUUCAAGUCGCUGUGCCUGGCGGCGAACGCCUACUGCCUGGCGUGCCGCGACUGCGCCGACAACUGCCACCACGUCCUCUACAGCAACAAGAUCGUCGCGCUCAUUGAUCUGCUCUUGCAUCACCUCGCCGUGCUAAUCCCGGUCGGAGAAGACGGCGGGGGCGACGGCGCCAGCGGCAGCGUCAACCGCCAGGUGUUUGAAGGCCCCUCCGGCUCUCUUCUCCGCGCGUGCGGCGCGAUCAUCGACGGCGUCGCUCGCAGCAUCGCCUCGGCGGCGGCCGGAGGGUCGGACGGCAGUCGGCCCGCGACGCCGCGCAAGACCCCGGCAGGCGGCGGCGGCGGCGGAGGAGGAGGAGGAGGAGGAGGGAAGGAGGCGAGGUUGUCGUCGUCAUGCUCGUCGCUGUCCUCCUGCUCGGGAGCAUCGACGGGGCACAGGGAGGGCAUGUGCGGCCGCGCGUCGGACCUCGUGAGCUACAUGGUCCACGCUGGCGUGGCCGAGAAGCUCUGCCGCUGCCUGCGCUCGGUGCAGGGCUCCGUGGACGACCAGCCGCGCACAUCGGCCUUCCUGGCCCACGCCGUGCACCUCCUGCGCGCCUCCUGCACGCUCGCACGCCUCGUCGCGCCCAGGUCUGGCGGUCAGAGCCCGUUUGACACACGGAGGCCGGACGGCACGGGCCUGGCAUCGGUGCUGCGCCUCACGGAGGCGGCCGGGGUGCUCAACCUCCUCUACUGCACGCUGCUGCACGGCGCGGCGCCCGACCCGGGCCGCGCGUCGGCGCAGGAUGGCUACCCCGCGCACACGCUGGGCGUCGCGCUGGAGGGGGUGCGACUGCUCAACAGCUUCGCCCUCCUCGACCUCGCCGCCUUCCAGGAGGUGGUGGGCUCCGAGGGCCUGUCUCUGGCGUUCCGCCACAUCGCCAGCUCGCUGCUGUGGUACUGCUCGCACCACGCCUGCACCGAGCUGCUGCACGCCGUCAUCGUGUGCGUCGGGUACUUCACCGUCAACAACGCCGACAACCAGACGAUCGUGCAGUCGGGCCGGCAGCCGACAGUGCUGCAGCAGCUGUGCCUGCUGCCAUUCCAGUACUUCAGCGAGGCUCGCCUGCGCCGGGUGCUCUUCCCCACGCUGCUCUCCGCAUGCCACCGCAGCCCCGUCAACCGCAGCACCCUGCAGACCGAGCUCAGCUGCACGCUGCUCACAUCCUUCAUUCAGGAGACGAUCCAGGCUGCGUCUUCUACCACACGCAAGUACCCAGACACUGGCGGCGAGGACGACCUGGACGUCUACAGCCGCUUCCCGCAGGAGCAGUGGGAGGGCGCGCUGCGCUUCUUCAGCGACGGCGCGGGCGACGCGGCGAGCGGCGAGCCGGCAAGCGGUGGUGGCGGUGCCGGCGUCCCGCCGCACUGCGAGCGCUGAGUUCGCCGCCGGCCCCACCGGCUAACCGGUGAAGCGACGGUGGAGUCCCGGCUCCGGCCUCGGUGGAAGACAAGAGUGUUGGCGGCCUUAAAUUAGUACCUGGUGCGGUGCGUAAAACGUCGUCCCUGGGGAGACAAAGACGGCCGGGCAAGUGGGCGUGGGGCUGGCCACACCACCCCCAUGUGUAUGCUUUGCCACCACCCCAACCGUGCGUAGGGUUGCCUCCCGUCCUUGUGUUUCCCAGGAUCGUCCUCUUGUUUGGUCGCUGUCCUGGGAAAUCUCUGAAGUCUUCCCCGGACGCCAAAAGUCCAGUUUGUGUAUUUGUCAGUUGCGUAAGAAGACACCACGACUACAGUACACAACGCAUUUCUGUAAGGCUCAACCAGGGCACCUGUACCCACAUGCUCACCUACUCACUCACCUGUAUACCCACCAAUUCCACUCGCCUACACACUCACCUGUAUACCCACCAAUUCCACUCACCUACACACUCACCUGCAUACCCACCAAUUCAACUCACCUACCCACUCACCUGUAUACCCACCAAUUCCACUCACCUACACUCACUCACCUUUACAGUAGUUCACCUCUAGGGUUAGCCACUUGUCCUGGUUUUGCCAGGAUCGUUUUUCUCACGUUGUUGAAGCAGCCUCUGUCCCGGGAAAUCUGUCCGUCUUUCCGGAAACAUUGAAAGUCCACGCGUUUUUUUGUCAGUUGUGUCAUUGUACCAGUAAUAAUAUUUAGACCGCAGUGGAGAUGACGCGCUCACAAGUAGUUCCCACCUCUUCCGGCAUUUUGCGACAUAUUCUUCUUGUUGCCGAUGAUACGUGCCGGUGUUUUUGUUCAUUUGGUGGUGGCAACCCUAGGCUAAAAUGCCCGGUAGGGCAUUUAACAGGGCAGCGUCCAAUAAAGCCGCCGCUGACAUGGGGACACGAUGGCCCAGCACCGGUGCACCGCUCCGUAGCCUGGGUCGUGUCUCUGUCUCCCGUGUGCGAGCGUGGGAAAAUUCGUCUUAUUCCUGCUCGAGGCGAACAUCGGCGAAUAUCUGAGCCGCGUCUGGGCCUCCCCUGGGUCGGCUCAGCAUUAAAUGAGUACCGGAUGAGGCCGUGCAGUGAACAGCACCACCCGGGGAGACGAAGGUGGCCAGCCCGCUCCCCGCGUGCGCCGCGCAGGCCUUCAUAGGUGCUCGCUACCAGCUCUUGCCCCUAUGGGCUGCGUAGGCUACACUGGGAAUCUUUGUAUUUGCGUAAGGUCAAUACGGCGGUGUGUUGCGUCUGCGCGCCGCAUUGCGAACCCGCGUUUUCCCAAGUUCGAUUCCUGCCCGUGAUGCACCGCACGGAGGUAUGCAUUUAAAGUCCGAACUUAACCCGAGCUGCGUCUCCGUGGACUCGCCCUUAAAAACAAAAAAGAGAGAGCAGCCGGUGCGGUGAACCUUGGAGUACUCGGGGAGACGGCGGUUCGGUGCGUGCGGUGCCGGCAACAACAUCACAGCCUCGCACGCGCCCUGCGGGGACUUGUAGGUGCCUCGCUGACUGGGCAUACCUUUUCGGUCACCCCUCGGGCAUCGCUAUCUCACCACGGGUGUACACACACGUGUGUGUGUGUACACACGUGUACACACGUGUACACACACACACACGUGUGUGUACACACUGUUCCUGCUCCCAGUAAGCGACGUGACGACCGCGUGGUGGAGGCGCCUGUGCCGUUUGCGAGCCGCACGCUGUGGGGAGGCCCCUCUGCGCAUUUUGCUCGGCGCGAGCAUUCGUGGUUACAGCAAGCCAGUAGCAUAACAAUACCUUUGCGUAUUUAUCUGAGUUAAUUGCACUUUAGCGAACAAUUAAAGGGGGGGGAGGGGGUGGGGGUCGUCGUCGUCGUCGUCUUGUCGGGCGUUUGCGGUAAGUAAAAUGAAAAAAAAAACCCCGAAUGGAGCCGCGUUUUGUGACGCGCGGACACGGCGGCCCCCUCCUACCCAGCGUGCCCGCACCACGGUCAGCGGCGAGCCAGGACCCCGAGUCCAACUCCGUCCCAGCGGCCCCGAGCUCUUACGGACGCGUUUUCUUUCGUUAUCGGCAGCGCGGUGCCGCGCCGAUUCUGGAUACCCCCCCCGGGACACCUUCGAACAAACUCUCCCCUCCAUCUCGACCUCUCGUCGUCAAAACUUUUGUUGUCCGUGGCGGUGUCGUAAAGGUUUAGACGCCUUGCUACUCGGUCCGUGCGUGCGUACGCACGCGUGCGUGUGCCCAUCAUUUGAACACGACCCGUGGCUUCCAGUUAAAGGGAUUCAAAAUUUUAACUAUUACUGUGGUGAUGGUGAGCAGGGCUGCGCACGGAUUUUGGCAUCGCUCUGGCGGAUCGCUCCGUGCGCCAUUGGGAGGGAUCGCUGGGUUAAUGGUGAUCCCUGUGCCUGUGCAGCGGUAUCGCUGUCGAGUUUGCAGGCAGUGCAGCUGCAGUGAGGCGUACGUGACGGAGAGGGGUUAGGGGGUGAAAGACACCCCUCGGAGUGGGUUGGACAGCCCAAUUUCAUUCCUUACACCAGGGCCCAUUCUAACCACGCCACUACGCACGCUACCAAUAUAAACCCAUAGGCAAACAUCGAGAGCCAUGGAC